CACCAAACCCCUCAUCCCCAGCCACAGAGACUGGGUUGAGAAGCUCAGAUCUGUCCGGCGUCUUGAGGAGUCCCAGCAUCUUGCCCUAGAAGACCUUGGCGAUUCUUCCGACGAGACAGUGAGGAUGAUGAAGGAGAUGGAACAGGACCCAGAGAACUGCGAUUACCAAGCAGUUGAAGAGAGCUGGCAGCCGAAAAUCAUUAAGCAGGAGGAGGAGGAGGAAGACGACGGGCUGGAGAUACAUCUUAACCAGCUGGAAGCUGCCACCGCCACGCAUUGUGCUAGCAACGGGCUCCACCCGGUCGAGCAGAAAUCGAGCAGCCCCGAGCCCAUUCUUCUGGGUUCCGGGGCUGCCAAUGAGGAGAUCCUAUUGGUGGACUACCAAGCGAGUCCUAUAGUUCGGGGGUACAGACCCCAACUGGCGGAGCUGCCCCACUGGUGCCUGGAAUGCGGCAAAAGCUUCGGCCUGAAAUCUGAGCUGGAAAUUCACCAGUCCAAGCACACCGGGCAGAAUUCCUACAUCUGUGGCGACUGCGGGCGGAGCUUCAUGGAGCACAUGGCGCUGUCAGGGCAGGGCGCUUGUGCCGCGGGGCACCCCUUCACCCCUUCCGGGAGCCGGAGGAAGGGGCCACCCCUGUCCGGCGAAGCUGUGGUUCAACGCAAAGAGCGUAAGGAACUGUCUCUGCAGGAGAAAGUCCGCGUUCUGGAGAUGCUUGAAGGGCCCAAGGUCUCGCAGAGUGAACUGGCCAAGCGAUUCGGGGUAUCCCAGCCCCAAAUUUGCCGUAUCAUCAAGAACAAAGAACGCAUCCUGACCGAAUGGGGGAAAAACGCCAACCCGUGUCGGAAACGGAAGCUGGAAGACAAAGGUCCGGCCGUUGGCGACCGAGCGUUCUUGCAGUGGUUUGAACGAAGUUGUGGACACCAAUUCUCCACUGAGGGGAAACUUUGGCAAGAGAAAGUCACCUUCGCAGGCGGGGAACCAGGUUUGGAGACCCCCCUCCAGUGGCCGAACAGCUCCCUGGCCAAGCCAAAAACUGUCCCCCGGAGGCCCCUCCCGGAGAAAUGGAGCCGGGAACUUCUGGAAGAAGAGGACGAUGAAGACGAGAGUCGCUGGGAAAGUACCACACUGCCCUGUAUCCUCAGCCACUACGACCUUCCCAAUGUCUACGCUUGCGGAGAGACGGGGGUGCUCUUUAGAGCGACCCCCGAAGAUCUGGCGGGCCGGAGAGGCAGCGAAGCCCACGACCAGCUGACCGUCUUGCUCUGCGCCAACAUGGAUGGCUCGGAUAAAAAGGAUGUGUUGAUCGUGGGCAAGGCUGCACGGCCGUUUGGUGGGCUUCGGGGAUUGUCUUCUGCAACCUACAAGACGAACAGUAGGGCCUGGAUGACCCCCGCCAUCUUUUCCGAGUGGCUUCAGAAGUUCAAUGAGGAGAUGAAGCAGCAGGAGAGGCGGGUGGCGCUCUUUGUCACACAGUGCAGCGUCCAUUCUUACGCCGAGCUCUCCAACGUCCAGAUGGUCUUCAUGCCUCCUCACCUCACCUGGCUGCCUCCUCUGGAGCAAGGGGUCGUCCAGAAUUUUAAGUGCCACUACCGGAGAAG